UUCUGAAAGAUGCAGAUAUGCGUUAGAGUGAUCCAAAACUCUGUUGUCAUAUUCCUUAUUCUAAAGAAUCUUCUGAAAUGAACAGAUUUAUGCAUUUGUGAUAUAUUUUUUUGUAUUAGCUUGUAGACGUCACGAUGGGUAGCCUGUGUAGAGAAGUCGUCACUCUUCAACUCGGGCACUAUUCAAACUUCGUCGGCACACAUUGGUGGAAUUUACAGGUUGAUACGCUCUAAAGUUAGCGGUUUCUGCAUAUAUGCAUGUGUUCUAAAAGUUGUAGUGGGCAAUGCUUAAAUCUGAAGAUUUUUUAGCAAGCUAGCUAUAGAGCUACUAUUUGAGUUAACCACUGGUGCAGUACGUGCCUAAGUUAGCAGGCUAGCUAGCCACUACUAUUUUGACAUAACUAGUUACUGUAGUUAGUUAGCUAGCAUGACCCUAGCUAUCGUACAUUCAAGCUGAAAUAGCCAAGCUAACAAUGCGGAGGAGAGUGGUGUUUUGGUGCAGAGGGUGAGAAGUGCAGCAAAAGUGAGCGAGGCGAGGGUGUGGCCCACAGUUUACUGCAACAACCAUCGACAGAAAUUACACCGCCAGCUAACGUUAUAUACCCCUAGAGCAAGACUAACUAGAUACAAUAAUCCAUGUAGCUAGCUAACACAACAAGGAGGAAAAAAUCCAGGAGUCAAUCAUAAAACUCAGAAAAAAAGACAUGCUCUAAAGAUAGAGAUAGCUAGCUCGCUAACUCUGUCUUUGCUGUGAGGGUGUAGGCAGAGAUGGUUUAUUUAUGGUGUAGGACCUUUAUGUUUUAGUAUGGUCUGUUUAUUGUCUGUCUUCAUAAACAUUGACAAUUGGUGCUUAGUGCACCUCCCUAUGCAGCAUGGAAGGUGACACAUUGAAUGACCAUUUGUCUUUGUAUGAGUUGACACAGUAUACAUAACAAAUAUGUUAAGGAAAAUCAUAUGUUAUAUAUGUAAAUCUUGACAGCAUCUUAUGCCACCAUUAAAAUACAUUUUCUAAUUUCUCCCUCCCUCUCCUUCUGUUUGUAUUGCAUCAGGAUGCCUCGCUGACCUACGACCCAGAUGCACCCCCAGGCGAGCUCCAGAAUGAUGUUCUCUUCAGAGAAGGGCAAACCUUUGGGGGUGAAAUUACCUACACCCCCCGCCUGAUCGCCAUGGACCUCAAAGGUAACCAACCCUUGGUAACCCGCAGGGCAUCAUUCAUAAGGGCACCACGUUGCCGAAAUGUUUUGAAGCACUUAACCGCUUCCUUGAAAUUUCACACCGAUGGUUUGCUGAUUGUCACUUAGAGGUCACAAAGUGAGUAAACAUGUCAUGUUGAAGGUUUUACAAAGUUUGCCACAAUUACAGUGUACAUCUUUAGGUAUGAUGGUGACAAAUGGACAAUGCAUGUCAUUGGAGUAAGAGGAUAGCUACUGUGGCUACAGGGGUAGAUAUAGAUUGAACAACAAGGUUGGUUACAUUUAAAUACUGAAUAAACAUCCUCUGUGUCCAUUGCCAUUAUAGGUAGCCUUCAGACACUGAGACAGGAGGGGAGCCUCUAUGAGACUGGGAAGGAUCCCACCGCUCUCACAUGGUAAGUGUGUGUGUGUGUGUGUGUGUGUGUGCGUGCAUGUGUCUGUGUCUGUGUGUUUCCCCCAAACCUUGUUUAUGUGUCUGAAGUAAAUUACUUAUCUUUGCAGGGAGGGCAAUGUAAUGGUGCACAAAGAGAGCCUGCCAACAAAGAACCCCUUCCUCCUAGACUUGGACAAGCUAGACGUGAGUAUGACACACAAGCACCAUAUACACUACUUCUCUUCCCUCCCUUUAAACCCAAAGAAAGAAGGCUUUUUAAAUAGGAUAGUCCAAAAACAACCGCUAGCCUUUAAACCUUUAAGCCGGGUGUACACUAAUCGAUUUUGGCCCCGAUUUCUGAGAUCGGAUAAAAAAUCCCAUGUUGUUGCCUAUUCGGAGUGCACGGCCGUCACCAAAACUAGUUUAAUGUGAGCGGGUCAGAGACGCAAUCUUGAGGGCUACCGAUCCCGUCUGUGAGCAGUCCCAGAUGUCCCGAUAUUUUCAAACACGUUUGAUUUUAUCGGCACAAAAUCUGCAAUGCUGUUGUAAUGUGAGAUGUGCAAUGUCAAGUUUUGAGAACGGUGAUCAGCAAUAGCCAAUGAGAGCUCGCCAGUGAGAUUAUGACGUUGUUUGGCAUCCCCCAGAAUGUGUAGACUCAAGCAGGAUUGAUGACUACUACUAGAAUGCCUUUGUACUUGGCUUUAACCAAAGCAAAAGUGCCAAAUCGUUACAGCUCUGAAGUUCACAAGCAAUGUUAUUCAAAUGAAAUCAAAUUUUAUUUGUCACAUGCGCCGAAUACAACAGGUGUAGACCUUACAGUGAAAUGCUUACUUACAAGCCCUUAACCAACAAUGCAGUUUUAAGAAAAAUAAGUGUUUAGUAAAAAUAAAAAACAAAUAAUUAAAGAGCAGCAGUAAAGUAACAGUAGCGAGGCUAUAUACAGUGAGGGGGUAAAGUAUUUGAUCCCCUGCUGAUUUUGUACGUUUGCCCACUGAUAAAGAAAUGAUCAGUCUAGAUUAUUUGAACAGUGAGAGACAGAAUAACAACAAAAAAAUCCAGAAAAACGCAAGUAAGAAAUGUUAUCAAUUGAUUUGCAUUUUAAUGAGGGAAAUAAGUAUUUGACCCCUCUGCAAAACAUGACUUAGUACUUGGUGGCAAAACCCUUGUUGGCAAUCACAGAGGUCAGAUGUUUCUUGUAGUUGGCCACCAGGUUUGCACACAUCUCAGGAGGGAUUUUGUCCCACUCCUCUUUGCAGAUCUUCUCCAAGUCAUUAAGGUUUCGAGGCUGACGUUUUGCAACUCGAACUUUCAGCUCCCUCCACAGAUUUUAUAUGGGAUUAAGGUCUGGAGACUGGCUAGGCCACUCCAGGACCUUAAUGUGCUUCUUCUUGAGCCACUCCUUUGUUGCCUUGGCCGUGUGUUUUGGGUCAUUGUCAUGCUGGAUUACCCAUCCACAACCCAUUUUCAAUGCCCUGGCUGAGGGAAGGAGGUUCUCACCCAAGAUUUGACGGUACAUGGCCCCGUCCAUCGUCCCUUUGAUGCGGUGAAGUUGUCCUGUCCCCUUAGCAGAAAAACACCCCCAAAGCAUAAUGUUUCCACCUCCAUGUUUGACGGUGGGGAUGGUGUUCUUGGGGUCAUAGGCAGCAUUCCUCCUCCAAACACGGCGAGUUGAGUUGAUGCCAAAGAGCUCCAUUUUGGUCUCAUCUGACCACAACGCUUUCACCCAGUUCUCCUCUGAAUCAUUCAGAUGUUCAUUGGCAAACUUCAGACGGCCCUGUAUAUGUGCUUUCUUGAGCAGGGGGACCUUGCGGGCGCUGCAGGAUUUCAGUCCUUCACGGCGUAGUGUGUUACCAAUUGUUUUCUUGGUGACUAUGGUCCCAGCUGCGUUGAGAUCAUUGACAAGAUCCUCCCGUGUAGUUCUGGGCUGAUUCCUCACCGUUCUCAUGAUCAUUGCAACUCCACAAGGUGAGAUCUUGCAUGGAGCCCCAGGCCGAGGGAGAUUGACAGGUCUUUUGUGUUUCUUCCAUUUGCAAAUAAUCGCACCAACUGUUGUCACCUUCUCACCAAGCUGCUUGGCGAUGGUCUUGUAGCCCAUUCCAGCCUUGUGUAGGUCUACAAUCUUGUCCCUGACAUCCUUGGAGAGCUCUUUGGUCUUGGCCAUGGUGGAGAGUUUAGAAUCUGAUUGAUUGCUUUUGUGGACAGGUGUCUUUUAUACAGGUAACAAGCUGAGAUUAGGAGCACUCCCUUUAAGAGUGUGCUCCUAAUCUCAGCUCGUUACCUGUAUAAAAGACACCUGGGAGCCAGAAAUCUUUCUGAUUGAGAGGGGGUCAAAUACUUACUUCCCUCAUUAAAAUGCAAAUAAAUUUAUAACAUUUUUGACAUGCGUUUUUCUGGAUUUUUUUGUUAUUCUGUCUCUCACUGUUCAAAUAAACCUACCAUUAAAAUUAUAGACUGAUCAUUUCUUUGUCAGUGGGCAAACUUACAAAAUCAGCAGGGGAUCAAAUACUUUUUCCCCUCACUGUACAGAGGGUACCGGUACAGAGUCAAUGUGCGGGGGCACAUAAAUAAUAAUAAAUAAUAAUAAACAGAGAGUGGCAGCAGCGUAAUGCAAAUAGUCCGGGUAGCCAUUUGAUUAGCUGUUCAGGAGUCUUAUGGCUUGGGGGUAGAAGCUGUUAAGAAGCCUUUUGGACCUAGACAUGUUGCUCCGAUACCGCUUGCCGUGCAGUAGCAGAGAGAACAGUCUGACUAGGGUGGCUGGAGUCUGACAAUUUUUAGGGCCUUCCUCUGACACCGCCUGGUAUAGAGGUCCUGGAUGGCAGGAAGCUUGGCCCCAGUGAUGUACUGGGCCGUACGCACUACCUUCUGUAGUACCUUGCAGUCGGAGGCCGAGCAGUUGCCAUACCAGGCAGUGAUGCAACCAGUCAGGAUGCUCUCGGUGGUGCAGCUGUAUAACUUUUUGAGAAUCUGAGGACCCAUGCCAAAUCUUUUUAGUCUCCUGAGGGGGAAUAGGCUUUGUCGUGCCCUCUUUGUGACUGUCUUGGUGUGUUUGGACCAUAAUAGUUUGUUGGUGAUGUGGACACCAAGGAACUUGAAGCUCUCAACCUGCUCCACUACAGCCCUGUCGAUGAGAAUGGGGGCGUGCUCGGUCCUCCUUUUCCUGUAGUCCACAAUCAUCUCCUUUGUCAAUUCAAAAUGUUGGCUAGAUAUUUCAACUCUGUAUGGCAAGUGUGAAAGUCUGACUGAAAACGUUUGAGGCUGCUUUGAGCCACAGCUCAUCACAUCAUUGUUUUUGCGAGGCAGAGUGGUGGUAUGGAGAAUCCUCACGACCAAGUGAAGAAUCUUAUAGUGUGGGACACCCCGUCUGUGCCAAGUCAUUUAGUAUGCGCACCACUGCGUUGGCAAGUCAAAAAACAUCAGUUUAGUGUGAGCGGCUCGGCAAUGUUAGGAUUUUGAAAGUUGUGUACACCCGGCAUUAGCCGAUUGCAUGUCUGAAGGAACCAGAUAGGUGUAAGCAAUAUUGCCGAAAUUCCCUGAAGCCUGUUGGAAGGCUAGGUGGAGCCAUCAACAUAUUACUUACACCUGCCCAAUACUUGCACUUCUUCAAACACCGAAGGGUUUGGGCCCAGGGUAAGGAAAUUAGAGUUGUUCUUGGACCAGGCAUAACUCAUGUUCGAAAGGCUCUCAUUCAAGUGUCUUGUUGUGACAGUUCUUUUUAUGUCCAGAAGGGGGAGAUAUUGGCUGAGGUUGAUUUUGACCCAACUCCAGUGCCUCACUGUUCAGGUAAGGACCAUAAAACAAAGCGUUAAGACCCAGUGAUGGGGCUCUUCCUUUUAAAGUAAAUUUUCCAAGAUUACAUUUUAAUCAAUAUUUAACAUGAUUUAUAAGUUAGCAAACUAUUGUGUGUAAACCUGUAUGACCAGAAAUGGGGUAAAAGAGGAUCAGACCAAGAAACGAGCUGCUCUCUGUCACUCACACACUUCCUUUUCAUCCAUCCAUGUUUCCUUUGUAGGAGCUGUUGCCAUGGAGACGGUGAACAGCCGCCUGGAGCGCGCUCAGAAGUGCUACCGACUGGAGGGCAGUGUGAGGGUGUGGUCGGACUUCUUGAGGAUCCACCUGCACCCCCGCACAAUCUCUGUCAUCCACCAGUACAACCACGACGGGUGAGAGCAUCACCAUAGGCACAUACAGUCAAAUAGUAACAGCCAAAGAUGCAGUUCUUUGUAUCCCAUUCCCAACCCAAAAAACUAAACCCUUACCCUAAACCAGGUUCGUAUCCUAUACCCAACCCCACACCCUCUUUAUUUUACUAUCUUUUUUAUUCUUUACAUAUUUUAAACCAAAUACAUUUUGUUUUACUAAAAGUCAAGUUGAGGACGACAAGAAAAGGUUAACUAUAAUGCACCCUCUGUCCCUUGCCCAAACCUCAACUGGAAACUGAGAAGUGGGAUAAAAGAGGGCAUGAAGCACUGAGCUGUCCCUACCAGUUCCAAAGUUUGUGUGUGUGCCAAAGAUGCACACCCAAAUGGUUGACGAGUUUCAGAAGAAAAUAUAUGAACCGGAAAAAUGAUGCAGAAAGUCACACACUACAUUACUCCCAGUGCCUUUCUUAGGGUACAUCCAGUCAUAUUAUGUGGCUGGGUCUUCUCCAAUUACACCACAGCAGAACUAUCUUGGAUUUCUCAGGAAAAUUACUUUGUUUUGGCAUUGUGUGUCCAGGGAGGCCCACCGUCUGGAAGCGUUUGGCCAGGGGGAGGCUUUGCUUCAUGGCUCAGUGCUGGAGGAUCUGGAGGACAGACUACACUUCUUCAUAGAGGAGUGUGACUACCUACAGGUAACUGACUGGUGAUCCUCUACCAUGACUCUCCAAUAGGGGUUAUCACAAACCCUGGCCCUGGAAAACUACAAGUCUCGAAUACCAUAAAUAUCCAUAUAUCCAUCCAAACAUACUUUGUUCAUUCUAAAGGCCCCAUUCGGUACAAUCACUCCUUGAAUGGCUGAUUUCAUCCGUUUGUCAUCUCUCCUUUCUCUAUCUCCCGCUCUUCCUUCUACCUUCCCCCUCCCUCCCUCCCUCCCAGGGGUUCCAGGUGCUCUGUGACCUGGCCGAUGGCUUCUCGGGCCUGGGUUCAAAGGUCACCGAGAUGCUGCAGGACUCCUAUGGGGGACGGGGCAUCCUUACCUGGGGGCUCGCACCUGUUAGUCACCCAGACACAGUGAGUGACAAGAGUGAGGUUUUUGGCAGUGUGUUUUCAGGCAGUUCAUCAGGAAGCACCGUUUUCUUCAACAGUGUCAUGUUCAUUAGGGCACGCAACGGAAAAUUAACAUUUCUUAUUGGCCAAGUCCAGGUAGUCCCUCCCUGUUUGUCAGUUUUCUUCCGUUUGGUGCCUAAUGAACACGACCCAGUUUUUCUUUGCCAUGUAAUGCCAUGGGUUUUAUUCGCUGUAAGAUUGUAGAAAGAAAUGUAAUUCAGAGUUCAGCUGAGAUCUAUGGUUUUGUUUUUAUUUCACAAUUUGCUACUGAUUUAAAGACUAUAAUAUGGUUUUGUCUGUAUCUCAUAGAGUAAUUGUGUUUUAUGCACAACUAUUGUGUGGUGUUGUGAAUAAGUACAGCUGGCCAGGCGCUCUUGUAGUCCUAUGACAUUGUGUUGCUUUCCUCAGACCCCGAUGAAGGAGCUCUACCACCUGUUGAACUACUCCUUAGGCAUGGUCCACAUGGCCAAUAACAGCUCCUUCUUCUGCCCUUUGACCCUGAAGGGCGGGCUGGGCAGACGGCCCGCCCAACCGCCCUCCUUCCCCCACCUCAAUUACGAUGUGAGUCACAGACUUUUUCUAAUCUAUUAUCUGUCUAUUCCUUUAUUUUAGUAUUCAUUCUGUCGCUGAAAAUAUAUAGACUUUAUUGAGCUGUAGUGCAAAUGAUUGACAUCGCUCUCCCACACCGUUGCUUGAGAGGAUGUUUACAGUUUUUAGUAAGAUGUCCUACAAGCCCAGAAGAUGUCCUACAAGCCCAGAAGAUGUCCUACAAGCCCAGAAAUGGUGUGUCUUUUUCUGUCUAUUCCCAUCACACUGUCUUCUCUGUCUCCUCCAGCCCUCAUUGUGGUACCACUCCAGUGCUGUGCUGGCUCUGGCCAUGGACUCCCUUACUGUCCCCUACAGGCGGAGGGACAACAGCGCCCCCAUGUGGGAGUUUGCAGACGCACUGGCAGUGUCCGGGAGAAAGGUGAGAGCUCGGUGCUUUCAUUGAAUCCAUUACCACUGAGUUCAAAAUCAAGCUAUUUAUGUGUAACAUUGCUAACCCUGCUGCUAUCUCUUAUGUCAGGAAAUGUUUUUUCUCAAAGAGACUAACCUGGUUAAAUAAAACCUGACAUUCUUAUCUCUGAAAGGUUUAGACAGGUAUGAGUAAAAUAACAGCUCAAGCUAGACUGCAGCUCUGGUUGGCUUCAGUUAUCCCCUUCAAAGAACAUUUAGAAGGGAACGUCCAAGGCACAAGAUAAUCAAUAUGUCUUCCCCACAUAGCCUACUAUACAUUUAACACAUGUACAGUGUGUGUGUGACAUCAGGGUCUUAUUGAUUAGGGCACACAACAAAAAAACAUUUGAAAACGUUUCUUGUUGGACAAGUCCAGGUAGUUCUUCCCGGUUUCAGUCUGUUUUCUUCCAUUUGGUGCCUAAUGAACAUGACCGAGGUGUGUGUUUUUUUUCAGGUGGUGGCUGCGUACGGAGCCCUCCCCUUUCCUAUGGCGCAGGGCAGCUCUCUCCCCGACGCCCUGGGUGACUGCACAGAUGCAUUGCCGUGGAAACCUCUAUCGUCUUGCCCCGAGCUGGGCGAUGGCCACUGCUUCGGCCAAUCAGUGACCCUCAAGGGUUUAGAGGGGCAGAGUCUGGUCAGGUGAGACAAAACAUGGCUGUUAUGUUACUGUUGCGUUACUCUGUCAACUGCAAGUGUAUUUUUGGGACAUGUAGGUCUAUGUGUACGCGUGUGUGCCAUCUGGUCAGCAUGUCAGUCAAAGGUUGAGUUGACAAAUUUGCAGAUGUUUUGAAUUGUUCUGAAGGUGUGUGGAAACGUUGCUCUAAUGUUAAUGUGCAUUGCUGUAACGUUGCGGUCCCAUCUGCAGCCAGCUGAGACCAGGGAUGCAGCCGCCCACCCUGCUGCAUAGCCUUGACUGUGGGGAAGACGUGCUCGCCUCCUACAUCAAUGCCCACUACCCUGCUACACCUUUGUGAGUGUCAUCCUUGCAUACACAAUAGCACCUGUUUUAAAUCCCACACAUGCACUGACAAAGUCACACACUCACAUAGGCAGGCUUGGAGACAUGCACGCAUUCAACACACGCGCACACACACACACACUACUGUAGUAGUUUUAUAACCCACACCAAACCAAUCCUGCUGUUUAAAACAUGAAUAUCACAAUCUACCAUUUCCUCUUUCUCCCUGUGCAGUUCGGUUCAGCUUGUAUCCAGCCCAAGUAAGCUGACCCCGCCCUUCCCACAGAUAUUCAGCCAAUCCCUGGGUCCACAGGGCUUUCUGCAGAGUCAGGCCCCUCCCCUCAACAGUGAGUCAAUCUAAUCCUGAUGUUUCUCUGACGUUUCUGGUCCAUUUAUCUAACUGCUUUCUCUUGUCUUUCUCACUCUGUCUGUUUGUAUCUCUCUGACUCGGUCUAUGUUUCUGUUAUUAAGUUUUAUUAGUCGUAUGUACAGGAUACUCAUGGUAUACACCAUCCAAUGAGAUGCUUACUUGCAGGUUCCUUCUCGACAAUGCAACAACAAUAAGAAAUAAUAAAAUAUAAGAAUACAAACAUAAAGUAAAUGGCUCAGUAGAAUAUACAGUACCAGUCAAAAGGUUGGACACAUACGCAUUCCAGGGUUUUUCUUUAUUUGUACUAUUUUCUACAUUGUAGACAACAAAACUAUGUUAAACAAAUCAAAAUAUAUUUUAUAUUUGAGAUUCUUCAAAGUAGCCACCCUUUGCCUUGAUGACAGCUUUGCACACUCUUGGCAUUCUCUCAACCAGCUUCAUGAGGUAGUCACCUGGAAUGCAUUCCAAUUAACAGGUGUGCCUUGUUAAAAGUUAAUUUGUGGAAGUUAUUUUCUUCUUAAUGCGUUUGAGCCAAUAAGUUGUGUUAUGACAAGGUGGGGGUGAUAUACAGAAGAUAGCCCUAUUUGGUAAAAGACCAAAUCCAUAUUAUGGCAAGAACAGCUCAAAUAAACCAAGAAACGACAGUCCAUCAUUACUUUAAGACAUGAAGGUCAGUCAAUCCGGAACAUUUCAAGAACUUUGAACGUUUCUUCAAGUGCAGUCGCAAAAACCAUCAAGCGCUAUGAUGAAACUGGCUCUCAUGAGGACCGCCACAGGAAAGGAAGACCCAGAGUUACCUCUGCUGCAGAGGAUAAGUUCAGUAGAGUUAACUGCACCUCAGAUGGCAGCCCAAAUAAAUGCUUCAUAGAGUUCAAGUAACAGACACAUCUCAACAUCAACUGUUCAGAGGAGACUGCGUGAAUCAGGCCUUCAUGGUCGAAUUGCUGCAAAGAAACCACUACUAAAGGACACCAAUAAGAAGAAGAGACUUGCUUGGGCCAAGAAACACGAGCAAUGGACAUUAGACCAGUGUAAAUCUGUCCUUUAGUCUGAUGAGUCCAAAUCUGAGAUUUCUGGUUCCAACCGCCGUGUCUUUAUGAGACGCAGAGUAGAUGAACGGAUGAUCUCUGCAUGUGUGGUUCCCACCGUGAAGCAUGGAGGAGGAGGUGUGAUGGUGUGGGGGUGCUUUGCUGGUGAAACUGUCUGUGAUUUAUUUGGAAUUCAAAGCACACUUAACCAGCAUGGCUACCACAGCGUUCUGCAGCGAUACGCCAUCCCAUCUGGUUUGCGCUUAGUGGGACUAUCAUUUGUUUUUCAACAGGACAAUGACCCAACACACCUCCAGGCUGUGUAAGGGUUAUUUGACCAAGAAGGAGAGUGAUGGAGUGCUGCAUCAGAUGAUUUGUUUAACACUUUCUUGGUUACUACAUGAUUCCAUAUAUGUUAUUUCAUCGUUAUGAUGUCUUCACUAUUAUUCUACAAUGUAGAAAAUAGUACAAAUAAAGAAAAACCCUUGAAUGAGUAGGUGUGUCCAAACUUUUGAUUGGUACUGUAUAUAUAUAUAUAUAUAUUUUUUGCAUAAGUAUAAUCCAGGGUGGCACGAUUUAUAGUCCAUUAUUUACACAUGUAUCAGGGAAGGGGGGAUUGAGGGGCAAGUGUUUAAAUUGUGCUGUAUUAACAAUAAUAAAUAAUAGUAAAUGCCAUAUUUUCUGGCUACACAAAAGUGAUGGUAUAUGCAUAUUCAACCCUUUCUCACUCUCGCCCUGUCAGUCAGUUCUAUUUCUCUCACUCUGCCCUGAUCUCUGCCUCACAAUCCCUAAAUAAGUCUAUUCUAUUUUCAUGCCUCACUAUGCUUGUAUCCAACAGUUUCUCUCAUUAUUGUCAGGUCUAUACUCUAACCUUAACUCCCGCUUCCUAUCCUCUCUUCCACAGACCGGUCCCGUGCCGUCUCCUGCCUCCCCGUGCUCACCUCCCUGCAGUCGUCUCCGGCCCUGGGCCCGUGGCUAUCAGAGCUGCAGCGCGGUGCCAGCGCCCUGGACCCCCGACGCAUCGCCCCCAGCUUCCUCUCCCAGGGACCUGAGCUGACAGACUUCCAGGAGUCCCUGGAGCAACUCCGCCUCCUGGCCCUCUGUUACCACGACGAUAGCGGAGGCAUGAUGCGCUCCUCCUCGGAAGAGGACGACGAUGGUUAACAGUGAUGAUUGAUUGAUUGACUGAUAACCGCAAGAGUCGUUUUCUGUUUUCCGCUUUUAUUCUGCGCACUCCAUACCAUCUGAAUAGAUGGGUCUCGAUUGACAUUGACUAGUAUUGACAGACCCACCUAGUCCACAUUGUAUAUUCUCGUCUGUGGAUCUGAUUGCGUUCAUAAAGACUCAGUGAGACUUGAUAAGGAUUGUGUAUUCUGGUUGGAAAGAAUGGAGUGGCUGUUUGAGAUGGUGACAGACAAUGGUUACGGUAAAAGGUUGAGGUUUUAACUGACAAAAGAUAGUUGGACAAUGUAACUAACUCAAUCCUAAAAUAAAGGAGAGAACAAAUGAAUGGAUAGAAGAAGGAAAGGUCAAUGAAGAGAUGAAGGGAGAAUGUCGGUAGGCUAUAUAUGAGAACUGAUAGUCGCUUCCCCCUCAAGUUUCAAAGUGAAUUCGCCACGUGCACAGGAUACAACAGGUUUAAAACAGUACAAGGAAAUUCUUACCUUGAGAGCUCUUUGACAACAAUGCAGUUAUGAUGAUGAUGAUAAUAUAGAAAUAGAAAAUAGAUUAAAAACACAAGAACUACGAUGUGAGUUAAAGAAACACGAGAAUGCAAGUACUGUAUAUAUGUGUAUCUGCAAGUAAAUGUGCUUCGUACAAAUGUCCAGUUGUUGUCAAUAUCUUCCCAAAUUAAGAUAACAUAAGAUAGCAGUCAUGGUAGAUUUAUGCUAGAAUCUGUGGCAGGGAGGAAAUUAAAAGUGCAAUCAUGUUUGAUAUAGUCUUUCUGUCCUUAUCUUGCCACUAGAUGGCAGCAUUGAAGCUAUUGUCC